UCAUCCUCCUCCUGGCUCUGUACAGUAGCAGCAGAGACUGGUAUAGAGGUUUAAAGGGACUGAUCAGCUGGGCACAUCAAUCCGGGCCAGCAGCCGCAGCCAUGAAAUUUCAGUACAAAGAGGAUCACCCGUACGAGUACAGGAAGAAGGAGGGCGAGAAGAUCAGGAAGAAAUACCCAGACAGGGUACCGGUUAUUGUAGAAAAGGCUCCAAAAGCUCGAGUUCCUGACUUGGACAAGAGGAAAUACCUAGUACCGUCAGACCUCACUGUUGGACAAUUCUACUUCCUAAUCAGGAAGCGGAUUCACCUUCGUCCCGAAGACGCCCUCUUCUUUUUUGUCAACAACACUAUUCCCCCCACCAGUGCUACCAUGGGGCAACUGUAUGAGGAUAACCACGAGGAGGAUUGUUUCCUGUAUGUGGCUUACAGUGAUGAGAGCGUGUAUGGAAAGUGACCUCACAGUGUGGAACCUUCCAUCCAAGCACCAUCACCACCCUCACCUGUCAUAUCACCGGACGUUCAACCUCUAGGACUGCACAGUUCACUCAGCCUGUUUGUCAGGCUGGUUGUAUGGGAAGUUUGGUAGGGUACAAGGGGGAGGGGGCUCACUGCUUAGAAGGCACAACUUUCAGGGGCAGGGCCGGACUUUAUUCAAAAUGUAAAUACUCCAAAGUGUCAAGAUCUAGAUUACUUGUAUUGAAUAAUUAAGACUAUAGGACUUGGGGCACAUGGAUAGAAAUACAGGGGUUGAGUAGUUCAAUGGCAAUGUCCUUACCAUACUAAGAACUGAAUAGCCUGGUUGCAGUCUCACAUGAUGUUUGCAUUAAAAAUCUUUCCUGGUCUCCCACAAACAUUUCCCAUUAAACCAGAACUUGAAGUCAUACGGAACAUGUAACCCUUUCCUGUCUGUGCCGUAGACAUCACUUCGCUCAUUCAUAUAUAAUACAGGGAGUUUGAAAGCCUUUAACCAGGCUGUCACUGAAUGUUCAACUGUUCCCCUGCAUUUUUGCAUAGAAAUGUGCAGGGAAAAUAGAGUGAGGGACCGGUCAUAAAAACCAGGCUCAUGUAUAUAGAGUUGUGUCUGCCAUUCUCCACCACAGUUCCUGCAAAUUCUUCUCUCGCUUGACACAUUGUGAACGAAUUUCAAUUAUUUGAACAACUUUUCCAGAUUCUUUCACUUUGUUAGAAACUGUGUUUAAAGUAUCAUAUAGUUAUUUUUGUGAAAUCACAACAUUGUACUACAAUGCCGUUUAAAGUGAAAAAACAAAACACUAUAUAGCAAGUUGCCUCCAUAGACAAAUUUGCGAUGUGCUAUUAGUAUGAAAAAAAAUAUUGCUGUUUAUGCUUCAUUGAAUCUUAACUGGAUUUUUUUUUUUUUUUUGCGGCGCACUCUCGAAUCAUGUACUGCCAGUGUCCUCUAGGUGGCAGUGUGAAAUAUAUAAAUAGACAUGGUUGGUUUGUUUGUUUGUUUGUUUGUUAGUUUGUUUUUAAACAAUGACUCUGCUCAUUUUAAUUGCCUGUAUUUUUGUUUUUUGUUUUACCUGUGUUUAAAGUGUUUUUAUUUUUUUCCCAUUUUAUAUUUGCUAAGUUGUGAUCUUUAUGACGAAUGAUACUAUGAUAGUGCUUACAUUGGUGUACUCUGUUGGAGGCAGAAGUGCAGUUUGUACAGGUCACAGUUGUUACGUAAGAAGUCCUAGGUCUUCUCUGUUCAGGACCUGAUAAGCAUAGUAUAUCCAAUUAGGAUAUCCACAAUUUACUUUUAGGUGAUAAUGAAAAUCAUGCUUUUUAUCUCAUAUUUACUGGACAAAGCACUAACCUAAUUAUACCUGGUUGACAGGCCUUCCAACUCUGUAUGCAGGACAUACCUCCUAAGUGGUACUUCGUAUUAGUAUAAAAAAAAUUAACUUUUGCUUAUGUUCUUAAGCUGGGUACACACUAGGCGAUAAGAACCAUGAGCGAUAUGGUUGACCGAUUUUUUCCUCUAAGUUUCUGGAGUCCCGGGUACACGAUAUUGAGCGCACACACUGAGCGAUAUUUACAAAUGACAAACAACAUAAAGGAAUCAUCCGAUACUAGGGUCUUUCAGCUACCGGGUAGGAAUUUCAUGGGGGUCGUUCAUUGUUCGUAGCGUACGUACUGAGCGGUAUGCACCUUAUCGUCAAUGACAUAGCCAAAAUUUACCUACAUGUACAGACUACAGAAGACCUCACUAGCGACCCGUGGGAACGCACAUCGUUCACUACAUAGUGCAUACACACUGGGCGAUAUUGCAAGCGAUAUCGCUCAAAGGGGGAAACUUAGUGAUAUCGUAGUGUGGGGAUCAGUAUGAAAUACCUACAGUCAAAAUCCCGACAACAAUUGACUGAUGGUCAAAAUACCGACAUUUAACAUGUUGACAGGUCAAAAGGUCAACAGGAGUUUUCCAUUUUUUUGUGUGUGUAUGUUGACAUAGGUCGACAUGGACGCCUUAUAAGUGUACCGCAUCCCCUCAUAUGGCUCUCUGCGCUCGGCACACUAUUAUAUUCCCCCUCCAGGUCCACUGGGAUGGUAAAGUAUGAACAAGUCGGUUUCAAUAAAAAAAUCAUGAAAAACUCAUGUCAACUUCGACACGAGUUUUUCAUGUCAAAGCAGUGAGCCAUGCGAGGGGAUGCGGUACACUUAUAAAGCGUCCAUGUCGACCUAUAUCAACAUACACACACAAAAAAAUUAAAACCUCUUGUUGACCUUUUGACCUGUCGACAUUUUAAAUGUCGGUAUUUUGACCUUGUCGGUCAAUUGUUGUCAGGAUUUUGACUGUAGGUAUUUCCUACUGAUUUUAAAUGUCGGUAUUAUGACCUUGUUGGUAUUUUAAAUGUCGGUAUUUUGACCGUCGGUCAAUGGUUGUAUGUAUUUGGACCGUCUGGAUUUUGAUUGAAGGUAAACUGACUACAUCCAGUAGUGUGUACCAGUCAUAAAACACUCAGCAGUGAGACACAAUUUAUAGAACAAGUAACAAAACACUAAGUAAAAAAAGCAAAGUUUGCACAAAAUAGACCUGAUUCAGAGCCACACUUCAAAGUGAUAUGCCACAUGGAUAGACCGUCCAAAAUCUGAACCAUGUUUCCCAACGCGGUGUUACAUGGCCUGCACCUGACCCCACCGAAUUCAUGAUGUCAUUAUUGUACACACAACAUGCUAUCUUCAUCUGACUCACAAAUGUUCUACAGUCACACUCCAAGCAACUUGGUGGGCCUGCGUCUCCUCUUAUUCUGACCAAGUAACCACUAGCACAGACAGAGCUUCCCAUAUCCUGGAUUUUGGGUACAAUUUGCCAUCACUAACACUCAUGCCUUGACUUACUUUCAUAUAUACAUGCACAUAACACAAGGCUUAAAAUACAUAGGAAACGCAGAAAUACCCCAAAUGUAUAUAAUGCAUAAUAUUCUGCUGUUUAGAAGCCAAAUACAGUAGAUACACAUAUCCAUUGAGUCCCGAAAGUACUGUAACUAUUAGGAGCUAUAUAUAAGACUAGGGAAAAAAGGACAUUUUUUAAGACAAAAGGAACAAAGAAAUUUAGGCCUACAUGACGACUGUUCCAAAAUACCAGUACUAUCUGUAUAAACAGAAAUAAAAAGCAUUGGUUGUCAUUAAUACUAUAAAGUAAGUUAGUCAUUCUUUAUUAAUUGGAUAGCUGACAAAAAAAUAUAUAUGUAUAUUUUCUCUAUGAAAGAUAUAUUACAUGUAUGACAGUCCAGGAGAUAUUCUGCGUAGCAUUUAUCGCUAUGUGUGAAGAUUUCACUAUGACCAAACAUUUUCUUGUCAUUUGAAACUGGUAUAUUUAUUAUCUCUCUGUUUACAGGAAACUGUAUGUUUUAUGUUUACAGUUCUGUUUCGUCUGUUUGGUUUAAUCGCAUCUCAUUGCACAGUUCUGAUUGUAUCCCUAUAUUUGAAUAAAAUUGUAAAAACAUCCAAAA